GUUAAAAACAAAAAAAAAAAAUUUCCUUCCAAGCCGAGUCUUUAUGCGCUACUCUGGUACGCCGCAUGGAGAGGGUAAAUCAUGACGUGUGAUGUGCCUACACUUUUAACAACAACAGUUGAUGCCUCUACCCCCGUUUUGAGAUAAAUGGUUAGUCUGUGGUGUUUUUAUGCGGUAGAGCGCGUGCCGUGCCUAUUGUACAUCCGUGUAAGCAUUCUAACUGUCGUUCAGUCGUGUUAAGUGACCCGAGCAAAUCAAACAAAAGCAAAUUUCUAAAAUGAAGUACGCAUUGGUAUUAGUACCUAAAGAGGCUGAUAAAGAACUGAUUGUUAGCACUAAAUAUAUAAAAAAUUUCGUUAAUUAUAACCGAUGGACAAAAAAUAAUGUUUUUCAUUACCAGAGGGGCGAAAGAAAAUUCAAAUGUGUGAUACUACAUAUUGCAGCUAAGCCAAUACAUAGGUCGGUUAGCUAAUUGAAUCAGCUUUAAUUUGCAUUUUUUAGAGAUUCGUAAGACACUUUGUUGCUGAGAUAUCAGUCUUCAAAAGGAUAAUGAUCCUUUUGGGUUUGAUCAUCGAUAUUUCAGAGAAUCAACCGCUACUCUGCAAAUAUCGAUAAAAAGACUAAUGUUGCCAGGAUAUGUCAUCAAUAUCAACAGGGCGCAAUGUUUCGGAAUCUCGUCCUAUUUUAAAGAGCAUAUUGAAUGUAGAUUCAAAUCAGUUGACAAAGCAACUGUACGAAGAGAACACAAAAAAAGAAGAAGACAUACGAAAACUGAAACGUGAGCUUCAGCAAUCUAAAUUAACAAUAGCUCUAAACCAACGAAAAAUAGAAGAACUACAACAACAGCUACAACAUCAACAACAACAACCACAACAACAACAACAACAACAAGACCAACAACAAUUACAAUGUCCUUAUCGUAAUCCUAACUAUUACCUAACUAACAGCAUGUUCCACGUUGGAGAUAACAUAAAUAUCCCCAGCAGUGUAGCCCGUACUGCAUUCGAUGCUCAUACUCUUUCGAAAUUCAUUAUUACCAUGGCUCAUGAGAUUUGGAAGCCUAUAACACUUUCUCAACGCGUAGUCCGAAAACAAAAAAAUACAAGAGAUCGUAAGGAAUUAACUCCUCGUAAAAAAGAACUAUUGAAGCUACAUUACAUUAAUUAUUUAAAUGAAAAAGUAAAAUUUCGUGAAAUACGUGAUAUGGAGAUCGUCAAUUAUAACACUUAUCUUGAUAGAGCAAUAACUAGUGCAAAAAAGAAAAUUUUAACAAUAACUAAUUCUAUUUAGUAUUUCAUCAUAUCGUUAUUUAAUUAUAAA